AUGGGAACCAACGACGAAAAGUCCGGCUUUAACGACGACAAAGUCCAGUCAGCGCCCGGCGCGGACUUCGACUACGAUGUCGACCCCAAAGCCGAGUUCGAGCUCAACGUGGGCGGUCGCGCCGCGCUGCAGCGCCGUCUGCGCAAUUACCAGGUCACCAUGAUUGGUUUCUGCAGUGGUAUUGGAACUGGUCUGUUCGUCGGAACUGGAUCUGCCUAUGCUAAAGCUGGGCCGGCGGGCUUGCUGCUCGCGUAUAUUAUUGUUGGUGGAGUUUUGUGGUGCGUUAUGCAGAGUAUCGCUGAGUUGGCGACGCUUUUCCCUACCGCUGGAUCCUUCCCUCACUGGGCGACCCGAUUUAUCGACCCGGCUGUUGGAUUCUCGCUUGCAAUUUCAUACGGAUAUUGUUAUACGAUUGCUAUCGCUUCGGAAGUUUCGGCUGCUGCUGUCAUUGUUUCAUAUUGGACGGAUAUAACGCCUGCAGUGGUGAUCACGGUUGGAUUGGUGCUGAUUUUGGCGAUCAAUCUGAUGAGUGUGAGAUUUUAUGGUGAAACCGAGGUUUUCGGAGGCGCUGUCAAGGUCCUCUGCUUCCUCGGUCUUGUCGUUGUCUCCAUUGUGAUCACUGCCGGCGGUGGUCCAACUGGUGAAGCGAUUGGUUUCCGCUUCUGGAACAACCCUGGCCCAUGGACAAACUACAACGGCAUCACCGGUCCCGCGGGUCAUUUCCUUGGUUUCCUCUCCUCUUUCGUCAACGCCUCGUUCAGCUUCAUCGGUGUCGAGACCGUCGUCAUCACCGCAUCCGAAUCGGUCGAUCCACACCGCGCGAUUCCCAAGGCCGCCCGCCGAGUGACCUACCGCAUCGCCUUCUUCUACAUUCUCGGAGCCCUUCUCAUCGGUAUGAUUGUCGACCCGAGAUCUUCAGGACUCACCUCCGGCGAUGACAACGCGAACAGCUCGCCUUUCGUCAUUGCCAUCACCAACGCCGGUAUCAGUGCGCUCCCUUCCAUUGUGAAUGCCUGCAUUCUCAUCGCCGCCUGGUCUGCCGGUAACUCAUAUUGCUGGGUCGGAUCGCGCAUGAUCGUCGCCAUGACCACAGACCGCCAAUUGCCCCAGAUCUUCGGACGCGUGGACAAGAAGGGAGUGCCAUACGUGGCUGUCAUCGCCGCCUGGCUCUUUGGCCCUCUGGCCUAUCUGAGUCUUGGCAGUGGAGGUGCCGCCCAAGCAUUCACAUGGCUUCUCAACCUCAGCACUGUUGCUGGACUGAUUGCCUGGGCAACUCUCUGUUUCUGCUACAUUCGCUUCUUCGCCGCAAUGAAGAAGCAGAAUGUGAGCCGAGACACUCUCCCAUGGAAGGCACCCUUUCAACCUUAUGCCGCCUGGGUGGGUUUCAUCGGUUCCACCAUCAUCACUUUGGUCGCCGGCUUCCCUGUCUUUUUGAAGGGUAACUGGAAUACGUCGGACUUUGUUGCUUCGUAUAUCGGUAUUCCCAUUUUCAUCGUACCUAUCAUUUGCUGGAAGCUUUAUUACCGCACCAAGCUCGAACGAUCUGCCAAUAUUGACUUGUGGUCAGGUCGUCUCCAGGAUGGAGAGAUUAUGCCGGAUGAAAAUCCGCAUAACAGCGCAUGGAAAAAGUUCACUGAUUGGCUUUUCUAA